AUGUAUCAGAUAAAAUUCCUAAAACCAUUAACUUUAAAUCAAGGGUCUUUAUUACCAAAAAAUCCAAAGAAAAAUCAAAGAAAUGUCGCUGCUUCGUAUGAAAUAUCCUCAGCCAUAACAAUCUCCAAUGAUCUUGGUGAACAAUUCUUUUAUGGACGUGCAACUCUGGCCUGUCAACUACGACUUUAUGAUAGUGAUGAAAUGAAAAAUGUGGAAACAAAAUAUACACCUAUUGCAAUCACAACAGUUGAGUGGACAGCUGGGAAACGAGCCAUGGAUGUUAAACUAGAAAUCCCAUCUAAGUAUCUACAACCUGGGAAAUAUAUCGCUUUGAACGUUUCGGUGGAUUCAACUAAGCAAGCUGUUGAUGAGAUGAAUGUUUCAGAUAUCACACAUGAUGAGCUACGGGAAGAAUGGUUCCCUGAAUGGAAGAAAAUAGUGGGUGAUUGUGUGGAAUCCAUUGAUAUCUCAAGCACCAAUUUACAAAUUUUUCCAACAACUUCAAGUUUAUUGAAAAUUUCCAAUGAAGUUCCUGUAAAGUCUGAAAGGUUUGCUAUAAGGUCUAUAUCUGAUGUUGUUUUAUAUGAAGAACUUUCAGGUGAGAUUGCACGUCAUUUAUGGGAUGCUGGUAUAAUUGUAAAUAACUUGUCAAAACAACAAUUUGAAAAGUUUUUAUACAGGAAUGAGACUUCACCAAAAGGAACAAAUCUACAGAUACUUGAGUUAGGAACAGGUAUUGGACUUGUUGCCAUUCAUUUGAGUAAGAUGUCCAGAGAUUCAGAGUUUUUGGCUACAGAUCUUCCUGAUGCUAAAGAGAUCUGUACUAUGAAUAUAGGGCUGAAUGAGGUACAGGAACAAGUGAAAUUCAGUGAAUUGGACUGGGAAGAUGAUGUACCAGCUUUGAAGCAAUGGGAUAUCAUCAUUACCACAGACUGUACAUACAAUCCACUUUAUUAUGAUGCUUUAAUCAAGGUUUUGAAAAGAGAAUCCAACAAAGAUACAAAGAUCAUUUUGGCACACAAAUUUCGUGAACCCAUCACAGAGUCUGAGUUUUUCGUCAAGAUCCAAGCUCACUUCCACCUGGAAAGGCAAAUGUGGUAUAAUGCCCAGGGCCAGAGUCUAACUCAUAUAGGGCUUUACUCACUCAAAUAA